UUUAGUUUAAUAAACAACAAUCAUCGUCGCAACAUAAAGUCGCAACGAAUCAGAACUUUCCAUCUUUUCCAACCCCUACUAUUUUGCUUAUACAACUAAAAAAAAAAAAAUCAACCACAUUUGUCGUUCAACACACAGAUACAAAAAGGAUUACCAUAAUAGCUGUGUGUUUGUGUUUGAGUGCAAGGAUUUAAAAUACUCGUUAAACGCGUUAAACGAUCUUAAAGAGUCGUGUUCUUAAAAGAGUUCGUAAAGUUUGUUUUCUUUCUGUGAAUCAUGAAAGCUUUCAUUUUAAUGUCAUGCUUGGCUUUGGCGGCCGCUAGGCCAGAAGCUGGCUAUGCCUAUAAUAGACCAGGAGGCAGUGGCGGCUCCGGUGGCGGUGGCUUCGGUGGUGGCAGCUCCGGUGGCGGUGGUGGCUUCGGAGGUGGCGGUUUCGGUGGUGGUGGCUCCGGAGGCGGUGGCUUCGGAGGAGGCAGCUCCGGUGGUGGUGGUGGCUUCGGAGGCGGCGGUUUCGGUGGCGGCUCCGGAGGCGGUGGUGGUGGAUUUGGCGGUGGUGGCUUCGGCGGCGGCGGCUCUGGAGGAGGCGGUUUCGGUGGUGGAUCCGGUGGUGGAUUCGGCGGCGGUGGCUCUAUUGGAGGAUUUGGCGGCGGAGGCGGCGGCGGUGGUGGUGGCACUACUUUGGUGCAGAAACACAUUUAUGUCCAUGUACCACCACCAGAGCCCGAGGAAUCUCGUCCUCGUCCCAACAUACCCAUUGGUCAAUCCCAGAAACACUACAAAAUCAUCUUUAUUAAGGCUCCAUCUCCUCCUUCCUACCAGGCUCCAGUCAUCCCUGUUCAACCUCAAAACGAAGAAAAGACAUUGGUCUAUGUGUUGGUCAAGAAACCCGAGGAUCAACAAGACAUUGUUAUUCCCACUCCAGCUCCCACUCAACCCUCCAAACCCGAAGUUUACUUCAUCAAGUACAAGACCCAAAAGGAUGGCGGCGGCGGCGGUGGUGGUGCUGGUGGCUUCGAUGGCGGUGCUGGUGGUGGUUCCGGAGGUGGUAUUGGUGGCGGCAUUGGAGGCGGUAUUGGCGGUGGUAUUGGCGGCGGCAUUGGCGGCGGCAUUGGCGGUGGUAGCGGCGGCGGCAGCGGUGGUUACGAUUUGGGUGGUGGUUCCGGCGGCGGCGGUGGUGGUGGUGGCGGUCCUUCCUCCAACUACGGACCUCCUGGCAAAUCUGGACCUUAUUAAGUCUCCCACAACUGGCUUUGGCAAAAACGCUCUUUUGACCUAUGACUUGUGUUUUUUAACGCAACUACUCACACUACUGGCUAGUCCUUGCAAUUUUAUUAACACAAACACAUAAUUAUUUUGACAUUUUGACCUCUAACACGAGACUUAAACAACUGCCAAAAAUCCAAACAAACAAACAUACCAACAACCGAUAAAAAUUCUUAAAGAACAACUCUAACGCUGUGACUUCCAUAAUAUUAUCAACAACAACAACAAAAACCAGAAAACUUCUCUACUUAAAAGAAGAGAAACCAAACAAACAAACAAACAAAGACUUCAAUAUUCCCUUAACUACUGGUAACAACGGAAUAUAUAGAAGAUCUUGGAAAACUGUCCUUGUGCUAAACUGUAACUUAAAUAACGAUCUGUGGUUAUUUUUUUCUCUCAUCAUAAUACUCAACUGUUGUAUAUAAGCCAUGAUUCCUUCAUACUCACUCUCUCUCACUCUCAAACUAUCUAAACUAAAACUAUCUCAUUGUCCUCAAAAUCUUACUCUACAAAACUAUCUACCUCUCUAUCUGACUAUCUGUAAAUCUACUCUCAUCUAAUGUAAAAGAAACAAAACUUCUAAUUUGUUAUUAAUUUAAGUUUGCGCACGUCUACUUAGGGAUUUCUACGCCCCUUAACUCUACUCUACUCAUUUUUUUUUGCUUGCCUUCACUUGUUAACAAAAUUAUUUGAGGGCCAGUAAAUCUCUAAUAAGCGUGUGUGUAUGUUAAAGAUAUACAUAUUUUUUAAUUAUUUGUAUUAAUUUGUUAAGUAUUUUUUAUUAUGCACAAUAAAAAAAAAACAACGGUGACAAAAUUUGAAAAAAAA